AUGAAUUUCGUUAGAGCAGGAGGUCAGAACUUCAAUGAAGUUCAGUCAUCUUCCAUGGCCUCUGUAGGUCUACAUGACAGUUGGGAUAGCGAUUCAUCAGAUGAGCCAGUAAACAAAGAUGAACGUAAUAAUAAAGGUCUUGCUCAAGACCCAAAGACUGCAACCUAUGGCAUCGGCGCUCAACUAUUGAAACAGAUGGGAUAUGUUGAAGGUCAAGGGUUGGGGAAAGAUUCACAAGGUAUAGUCGCUCCAAUAGAAACCAUUCAACGUCCACAAGGUGUUGGAGUAGGAGGAGUAAAGGAAAAGGGCUCCGGUGUGAAGGCAGAAGACGUUAAAAAGGCAGAAAAGGACACAACUGUUCGGUCCUCAACAAUUGACUUGUUUACCAUCAUAGAGCGGUUGAGUAAACUCACGAGUGUCCCUGAAUGGCUCAAGCAAAUCGCUGAUAAGACCUCGGACCUGAAACAGAACGAAGAAGAUGAUCAUGUCGUCAUCUUUCAGGAACAGAAGUUAACUUUGCGGCAGCUUAAACUGAAAAUAUUAGAGGAAAUGAGAAAACUCGAGAAGAUCAAACAAGAUCUUUAUUUUAAGGAACAUCAACUAAAUGAAGAGAACUCCCUAACAAAAAUAUUACUAUCAAAUCAGAAUAGUCUUGAAAAGAUCCAACAUAUUUUGCAGAUGAACGACACAGAACAAUUGAAACAACUCUCACUACUAUCAGACACAGAAAUUAAUAAUGAUAAAAGCAUACACUCUGCCACACAAGGGGUCAUGAUUCAAAUAACAGAGAAGUAUUUAAAAGACGCACUGGCACAGUUUAAUCCCGUCGACUUUAAUUCCACAAAUACCAUUACUAGUAAGAUCAUGAAAUGGAAGGAAUUAUUUAGAGAUGCAGCCAUGUUUGAGGCUUUAGUGUACUCGCACAUCAAACCGAGACUUCAAUUGUUCUUCAAUAAAUGGUCUAUAUACCAGCCCAACCUUGGAAUCAGCGUCUUGGCAGAAUGGGAGCAGGUACUUGCGUCCCCAUGGAUUACUUCAUUGUUCACGGUCUGUGUCUUGCCAAAGCUGGAAGCUGGCUUGAAUGGUUGGAGUGUUGAAGAUCAAGACAAGGAUCCCCAAUAUUGGCUGCUGGAUUGGUUUGACUAUUUUAAAUCUGUCUCUCCACUGAAUGGAUGUUUGAACAUUGUUAUAGAAAAAUUUUCUGUAUGGUUAGACACCAGGUGGGAACUAGGUCCACUUCCCAACAAGAUUGUAGACAUUUGGGGUCCUAUUUGGGGACAAGAAGAAACCGAAAAGAUAAUUGACGCUCACUGUGUCUUGAAGAUAAUGAAAAGUUUGAACAGAGUCACUAUAAGUCAGGAUGGGAGCCAUCAGUCUUUCCAGUUAUUACGCCAAGUAUUUGAUACCAAGGAUUAUCUAGACGUCCACAAUCAUGUGAUGAACAACAUGUUAGAACUAGUUUUCUUUCCUCGAUGGUUGUUUACUAUGGAACAAGUUUUAAGAAACGAUUCCAAAUCAAUUAUGAGGUGGCUUGUUAAUUGGCUUCAGUUUUUUUCACAAAAACGAAAGCAGUAUCCCGCCAUUGAUGAAAAUUUUGAAAAAGCUUGCAAUUUGAUCAAUUUCAGACUUCAAACGCCGUUCAUCAACAUUAAAAGAGAUGUCUUCCCCAAGAUUCCAACUGAUGACUCCUUAAUUAAACUUGUUCCUGUUGUGAAGAUUAAUAGUGGGAGGAGGAUAGUAAACGUUAAUAGCAUACCUGAGCAUAGACUUCAUACUACCUACAAGAACAUAGUUGAAGAUUUUUGUGAACAAAAAGGGUACUUGAUAACCCCUCUCACCCAAUCGAUUGGCAAUAAUUUACUGAGAAUACAAAAGGCUGGAAAAUCUAAACAUGAAGUUUGCUACAUAUCACAAGACGUUCUUUACGUGAAAGAGCCAGAUGGGAAUUUCAUUCCUAUCUCUUUAGAGGUACUUGGAAAUAGACUACAAUGA